AAGUGUCAUCAGAGGAGGUUGCAGCUCAAAUUGCCAGAAGUCCGCCGGGAUCGGGAUUUCAGCGGUGGGGCCGAAUAAGUCUUGAUGUGACUUCUAGAACUUUCUCUUUGUGAUUGGAGCCCGAAGAGAGCAGCUAGACCGUGACAUGCAACCUAAUUUAAGAGCUUUAUCAUUCCCUUGAAUUGAACUUGCUAAAUGGUUGCAAAUUUCAAAAGAAACACAUCUGUCUGGAGUAUAUCUAUAUGAUCAGAGGGGUCGGUAACAAGUCGGAGGACCGGAACCGACACCAGGAUAAGGCGAAGAAGAGGAGGCUCCGCCUACCGCCCGAGUGGAGGGAAAUUUUGACAGCGAGCCGAGUGACAACAUUGACGUUUUGGGAUCUUUGAGGCUUUUUCUUACCGUCCAAAGAUGAGCGAGCAGGACUCCAGAAAAGGCUCCUGGAGGGGUGGGAAUGGUGGUCGGACAGGAAAUGGAAGAGGGUGGCGCGGAGGAGCCAAUUGGGGAUGGCGAGGAGCAAGAGGAGGUGGUGGAGGAUGGAGAGGAGGAGGAGCACGGAGGAGUAGACCAUGGAGAGGGGGUUCAGGUGGUGGACGAGGAGGAGGACCAAUGGGAGGGAGGCCCGGAGAUGAUGACAGAGCGUCGGCAAGUCACAGCUUCGGGACACAGAGAGUUACGACGCGAAUCGCCUUUUCAGUCCUCCAGCAGGCCACCCUGGAGAUCCCGUGCCCAUACAAAGGAUGGUCGCUGUACUUCACUGACGGUUUCAUCGAAAGCUCGCCCACCGUGGAGAAGAUAAAAGUGUUUGAGAAAUACUUUGCCUCCAAGAUUCACCUCUACGACAAGGACGAGAUUGAGCGUCAGGGCAGCGUUCUGGUGGAUUACGCCGACCUGACCGCAAACGAGAUGGUGCUCGGGGCGCUUCCCGGUCUGACCUCGGAGGUGAAGGAGCAGCCGGAGGUGAUCCUCAAUUGUUUGGGACUGGCCGUUCACCAGGUGUUGACGGCCGACUUGGAAAAGCAGGCUGCUGAGCUGCCCGGGGACGAGCUUCCUGCGGCCGCGCCGAUCAUCCACAUCCCUCACAUUAGCGCACGGCUGUACAACUACGAGCCGCUGACACCGUUGCGUACGUUGCGCGCCGGCGUGUUCGGCUGCCUGGUGUGCGUGAGGGGCACGGUGGUGCGGGUGAGCAACAUCAAGCCGCGGUGCACCAGGCUGGCCUUCCAGUGCGCGACGUGCUCCGGCACGCUCUCGCUGCCGCUGCAGCACGGGAAGUACGCGACACCCACCAAGUGUGUCCGGCCAGAUUGCCGCAGUCACGCGUUCACUCCCAGGCGAAAUUCUCCGCUGACGCACACUGUGGACUGGCAGAUCAUCAAGGUGCAGGAGUUGGUUUGCGGCGAGCAGAGGGAGGCCGGACGCAUCCCCCGCACUGUGGAGUGCCACCUGACCUCCGACCUCUGUGACAGCUGCGUCCCCGGCGACACCGUGACCGUCACGGGGAUCGUUAGAGUCACAAAUGACGGCAACUCUCGGUGGAAAAAGGACCAAUGCAUGUUCCUCCUCUACAUCGACGCCACGUCAGUCAGCAACACGAAAGGUCAGCAGUCCGAGCCCGGAGGCGCGGGCUCGUCCGGCAGCUCCUCCGAGGACCGCUGCGGCGGCGAAGAGUUUAGCCUGAAGGAGCUCUACGCCAUCCAGGAGAUCCAGUCGCAGCCUGACCUGCUCAGACUUAUUGUACACUCUCUGUGUCCCGCCAUCUACGGCCACCUGCUGGUGAAAGCGGCACUGGCGUUGGUGUUGUUCGGAGGCCGGCAGAAGCACGUGGGCAAGAACGGCGUCCCCGUCAGAGGCGACCCCCACGUCCUGAUGGUGGGAGACCCCGGACUGGGCAAGAGCCAGAUGUUACAGGCGGUGUGCAACGUGGCUCCUCGGGGGAUCUACGUUUGUGGCAACAGCACCAGCACUGCAGGACUAACAGUGAGUUUAUACAGAGAUCCAGGAAGUGGAGAUUACGCUCUGGAGGCGGGAGCCUUGGUGCUGGCAGACCAAGGUUUGUGCUGCAUCGACGAGUUUGACAAGCUGGGCAGCCAACAGCAGGCCCUGUUGGAAGCCAUGGAACAGCAGUCGGUGAGUCUGGCUAAGGCGGGAAUCGUUUCCUCACUGCCCGCCAGAACCUCGGUGGUCGCAGCCGCCAACCCCAUCGGAGGCCAUUACAACCGAGGCAAGACCGUCUCGGAGAAUUUGAAGAUGGGCUCGCCGCUCCUCUCGCGCUUCGACGUGGUCUUCCUCCUCCUGGACAUCCCGGACGAGUCCCACGACCGCCACCUGUCCGAGCACAUCAUGGCCAACAGGGCCGGCGGAGGCAAACCCAGCGGCGCCACGGUCGCCCGGAGCAGCAAGAGCGACACGGAGACGUCCAUCUUGUUGGAACAAGCGGACAUGCCGCUGUCUGAACGUUUGCAGAUCCCCGCAGGGGAGGCAUCUGACCCCAUUCCAGCGUGCUUGCUAAGAAAGUACAUCAGCUACGCUCGCCACUACGUUCAUCCCACGCUCUCAUCCGAAGCCGCGCAGACUCUUCAGAACUUCUACCUGUCGCUGAGGUCCCAGUCGCGGGCCGCCGACACCACGCCCAUCACCACCCGCCAGCUGGAGUCCCUCAUCAGACUCACAGAGGCGAGAGCCAGACUGGAGCUCAGUGAGACGGCCACCAAGAUCCACGCGGAGGAUGUGGUGGAAAUUAUGAAACACAGCCUGGUCGACACGUACUCCGACGGCCUGGGCAAUCUGGACUUCGAGCGCUCGCAGCUGGGCGCGGGCAUGAGUCAGCGCGGCGCCGCCAAGCGACUCAUCGGUGCCCUGCACGCACACGCCCAGCGGACCAAUCAGAAGCAGUUUGACCUGCAGGUCAUUCGAUCUGUAGCAGAGAAGCUCAACAUAAAGGUGAUGGACUUUGAGGGUCUCGUGAGUUCCCUAAAUGAACAAGGUUUCCUGUUGAAGAAAGGAGCGAAGCUUUACCAACUUCAGACCGUCUGACAAGCAAGCGACAAACGGAACAAACAAAAGACUCAAAGUAAAAUUAAAUUUCAACACCACAACCACCAGCAGAUGGGACAGACAAGCGGUGGGCAAGGAUCAGCGUUCUUUAAUCCGGGCCACCAUGCAUCACUAUGCAUUUAUCAUUAUCAAGAGUCUUUUUUUUUCAAUAUUUGUUGCAUGAUAUCGGUUAGUUAAUAUAUUAAUAUUUUUCAUUAGAUGACAUUGUAAAUAUGUAUAUUAGAAUAUAUGAUGUGCACAUAUGAAAGUUACAUAAUUUAAACAGAAAUAUUACAAAAGAAUGUCUUUAUAGUUAAAAUAUUCGUUUUAUGUAUUAUUACUAUAAUUCAAAGUAUUUCAUCCUCAGCUUCAAAUCCAUAAGUCUGUUUUCAAAAUCAAAUGUAGCCUUGGUUUUUUUGUCCACCCCUAGUAUAGUAAAACUACACACAGUGUCUGUAAUUAUCAUUUCAGUUGGUCUUGUUAAAAUGCUUGUUUUUACUUAUUACCGUUUACUUGUUUAUACUUUUUUUUUUUUUUGAACA